GAGCGGCUCGGCGGUGGCGCCCGGGGUCGGAGGUGCGGAGCCGCCGUCCUUUCCCCGCGGGCUUCCGAAGAGCAGCGGCAGCGGCGGCAUGACUUCGGCGGCGGUGGAGAUUUUGGGGCUGGGACUGGGCAUCCUGGGCUGGGUGGGGGUGAUCCUGGCCUGCGGGCUGCCCAUGUGGCAGGUGUCAGCCUUCAUCGACGUGAACAUCGUGGUGGCGCAGACCAUCUGGGAAGGGCUGUGGAUGAACUGCGUGGUGCAGAGCACGGGGCAGAUGCAGUGCAAGGUGUACGAUUCCAUCCUGGCGCUGCGGCCCGAGGUGCAGGCGGGCCGGGCGCUCACGGUCAUCGUGGCGCUGCUGGGGCUGGUGGCGCUCAUGGUGACCGUGGUGGGCGCGCAGUGCACCAACUGCAUCCGGCCCGGCAAGAUGAAGUCCCGCAUCGUGAUCGCCGGAGGGACCAUCUACAUCCUCUGCGGGGUCCUGGUCCUCGUCCCGCUCUGCUGGUUCGCCAACAUCGUCAUCAGCGACUUCUACGACCCCUCCGUGCCGCCGUCCCAGAAGCGGGAGAUGGGGGCCGCGCUGUACAUCGGCUGGGCGGCCACGGCCCUGCUGCUGUUCGGGGGCUGCCUCAUCUGCUGCUGCUCCUGCUCGCACCGCGACGAGACCUCCUUCCCCGUCAAGUACUCGGCGCCGCGGCGGCCCACUUCCAACGGCGAGUACGACAAGAAGAACUACGUCUGAGCGGGGCCGCCCGCUCCGCCCGGCCGUGCGGGCACGCGGACAGACGGCGCCGGCCGGGAGCGACUGCGGUGAGCUCGGCCGACGGGCGCCGCGGUGCUGCCCAUCCCGGAGCCCGCCCGGCCGCGGCACCACGGCGGCGGCAGCCCAGCCAGAGCGGCGUCCUGCCGGCCCGGCUCCCCGUCGGAGCGCCGCGUCUGGUUCUGCUCCCGGCCCGGCCGGCGCUGCCCGGCCCGGCGGCACAGCCGCGCUGCUGGAGCGGAGCCGGGAGUGGUGCGGAGCCGCCGGUGCCUCUCCGCGCGCUGCCGGGCCGUCGCGCGUGUCCCGUCAGGGAGGAGAAGCUUCCCUUCUUCGUUCUAUCUCCUGAAAACCUGCAGCUGACUGACUUCUGCCGUGGCUUUAACUGGUUAAGGUUUUCCUUUCGUUCUUUGUGGGCAACUAAACUCGGGUUCCUAUCUGAAAGACGACUCUAACCUUGGUCCUUAAUCGUGCAGGCAAAUAAUCGGCUGGAGAAAGGCACGUCAUUUUGUUCCAUUGUUUUGGGCCCUCAAAGAAGCGGGCUGUGCUGCACCUUUGAGACUUUUGAAAGUGAUUUCAGAUAGCUGCCAUUAUUGCAGGUUCUCCAUCACUUCUUCAUCAGCUUCUGUUCUUCUUGUACUUGAAUACGAACUCACUGCACGUCGCCAGUUACUGCAGGACCAAAUGCAGAGACCUGGGAGAUCUUUGUGCCCCGGCUCCAGCAGGGCGCCCCUCCUCUCAUCUGUACCACAGGGGAUUGGAAACAAAACCCUUCCCUCCCUCCUGAUGCUUAGGUUGUGAGGCUUCGUGGCCUUCUUGCUGAGCACUGCUCGCUGCCAAUCCUGAAUCACGUGUGCUCAGCUGGACAUACACAUGAUUGGCUCCCCACUGCAACUUUGGUAACAUGCACUUGCCUUAAUUUAAUUGAUCGGGCAAAUAGAUUAAAUGCUAGAGGACUUUCUCCAAGUAUCUUGACUGAGACCGUGCAGUGCUGGGGAGGUGGGAGGUUAUGGCUCCUAUGGCCCUCACAGCUCCUCCUGGUAGCGCUGCAGACUGGGAGGAAGAUGCUCUGGGCAAUGUAACUCACUUUCUGAGCUGUUAAACCUCACCACAGCCUGGGAUAUUAACACGUACCUUUCCCUCUAGAAACACACACACAAAAACAACCAAAACCAACAAAAGUGUCAGAGGGGUGAUGCGAUGCUCUCACACAAAUUGUCAGAAGGCAAAACACCUUCCUCGUAGCAUCAGAUCAAGACAGAACGCCGCUGCAGGCUGUGCAGCACCGUACUGCCACGAGGAGCUCUGCCAACAGCGGGAGAGGAAUUGUGCUGUGAGUCCUCAGAGCGCAGCGCUGAGCCCUGGCUCCCCGCAGCACCACAGCUCCGCACGGAUGCUUACAGUUCCAUGAUGCUCAGAACUGCAGGCUGACCCUUCCUGGGGGCUGUGACAGAUUUACAUUGACUGUCCUUGCUCUGCUUAGCAAACUUAAAACCCCAGCAGUAUCAGUCCAUACAUGGAUCUGAAAGAGAGACUAAAACCCCCCAGACAUUGAUGUUGAAUGCUGAGCACAAAAUUUACCCUUACAAAGAUAACUGCUUUUGUUUUUACACACUGCGGGGUCUGAACCACUCAGACAGCAGAAAGCAGUGCGACAUGUCUGGGAUCAGCUUUGCUCUACAGAGGUGCAGUUCUUACACAGUUUUCAACUAAACAAAACCUAAGAUGUUGUUGUUACGAUGGGAUAUGUAGUUUUGGUACAAGAAUGAAAUAUUCCAUAUUUCAUCAGUGCAACUUUUAAAAUCAGUAUAACUUUUGUAAACUGUCAAUGUAUUUAAGUGCAUAUAUUCUGCAAGAAACCUACCAAAGUUGGCUGUAACAGUUUGGUGCCUUUAUUUGUUUCAGUUAUUUUAUUGUAUUUUAAGUGCUACUGCCCUACUGUUCCUGUGACCCAGCCCCUACCCACAGCCACGUUACACCACCCUCAGCUCUGUGCUGUCGGCUAAGAAGAGUCAAUGGAUAUUAGCUCAAAUCCUGCAGACUUCACUUAAAAUGAUCUGCUAAAAUAAUGGGAUUUGUCUCAGAUAGAAUCACAAAUAAGCCACACCCUGGCCUGCAUGGGGCUUUACUUGCAAGCCUUCAGAAGUGCUGCUGGAUUCGGGCACGUAGUGACAGCACUGCUACCUACCAGCCAGGCAGAACGGCGUGCUGGGGGCGGGGGGACAAAAGCAAGCACCUUCACUUGGAGUCUUUUUUAGCAAGCCAAAAUUCCCGAUAGCUUCAUGACACGGCAGGGCUGGGCCCACUGAUAACCACAUCUGAACCAACUCCACAGUCCGACCUCAUGGGAGAAGCCAGUGCUAACCCUAUGUUCUAGGAAACAAGCCCUUUGUCUUGCCCAGAACGUAACUCGCUGCUGAUGUGUCAAAAUUCACAGAGGUCACAGGGUAGUGUCCAACAACAUCUAUUCAAAAGAAUACCUGUAUUUUAUCUCACCCUUCAGUAUGCUUAUGUAUUGCAUCACUUCACGAGAAAAAAAUGAACCACCACCUCAGUGAAUGUUGCUACUGACACGACUGCUUCAGGGCGCAAAUUGGUUCCUUUUGCACUGUUUGUUCUCUGACAGCAAAGAUCUGGUCCUGAAGCUUAGGAAGUGAAAGCACUCAGGAGCAGGCCUGAACCUCAUCCCAGUGGAAAUAAAUACCUACAGCACUCGUUUUUAUUUUGUAUUUAUAAUUUCACAUAAAAAUAAAAACAUCUAAACCAACCCCCCA